GCCGCCUAAACGCGCAGCGAGGGUCCUUUUACUUCGCGCAUGCGCCAAAAAUGUUGCUGCCGUAGCCAGACAGCAGCACGGAGAGUCAAUAUACUGGGGAUGGUCUGUUCGUUAUUAAUAUUAAAUCUACGGUCUAUCUCCACAAAAUGAAGUUUCCUUACUCGUAGUUUCCUGAGGCUAUGGUGAGGAGAAGGUUUCCCAUGCUGCAUUAGAGCUACAGUGACAUGCUGGCCUGUCUGCCAGCAUCAGGUGACCCUACUGUCAGACUUCUCUCCCAUACGCAGAUGAACACUGGACUUCAAAAAUGGGAAACUACACAGAAGAUGAGAUCUGCCAGCUACCCGACCCCAGCAGAGUUGGAUGCCUAUGCUAAGAAAGUUGCCAACAACCCUUUGACCAUCCAGAUCUUCCCUAACAGCGUCAAAGUACCUCAAAGGAAGCACAUUCGACGCACAGUCAACGGGCUUGACACAUCCUCAUCUGGCCAGAGGCACAGUCCCUACCCCUCUCAGGUCAGCUCCAGUGGGGGCCUGCUGGCUGUCCUCCGUGUGCCUGCCAAAGGUGUUAUCAAAGAAUCAGACGGCAGCCGUGCCCGGCAGCUUCAGAGAGCCGUCAUGAACUCUCACAGUGGACCGUACACUACUCAAAGCACUUUAAAUCUCUCACAGCCUGUGCCUCACCUAGAGGGCCCGUCUCAGCCUGUAACCCAGGCUGCACAAAAACAAGGCAUGGUUCACCCACAGGCACUACAGCAGCAGCCGCAGCAAAGCAUGGCACGCCCAAUGACUUUACAGCAGCCUCAAGCUAUGCCUCUGCCACGGGCAUUACAGCAAAGGAACAUGGCUCAUGUGCAGUCUCUGCAGCAGAGCUUUUCACAAGGACUACAGAGGCAGCAGAGUUUGCCCCACACCCAGGCUCUACAGCAGCCACAGAGCCAGCCCCAACAGCAUCUCUCUCAUCUGCAAACACUACAGCAUCAGACAGCUCCUUCACAAGCUUUACUAACACAACAGGGAGUUACUCAGGAUCUGCGCCGCACGUCUGAUGGCGCUCAGCUCCAGAGUCUGCAGCACACCCAGGGGCUUCUUGGCACGCAGGCUGGGGCUGCAGGCCCUCCUAGCAUGACUACCAGCCUCCAGCAGCCCCCACCUGGGCCAUACGGGCCCCGGAAGCCGCCUGACGCAGAUGCCCCACCAAAUGUAACUGUAUCUACCUCCACCAUCCCACUGUCCAUGGCGGCCAGUCUGCAUCAGAAUCGGUCCAGUGACCUAAGCAGCAUUGUGCUCCAAAUAAACCAACUGUGCCAGGCACGGGCUGGCAUGGGCAACACCUCUGUCUGUGAAGGGCAGAUUGCAAACCCGAGUCCCAUCAGUCGCAACCUGCUUAUUAAUGCCAGCUCAAGAGUGUCAUCCCACUACCCAGCUCUGAGCUCUGUGCCCAGCUGCCUCAUGGUGGGGCCUUCAGACAAAGCUACUGCUCAGACCUCCAGUGCUGCUCUUCAUUCACAGCCCAGUACAGCUUCUAAUAACUGUCUACCUGCCUUUCACACGGACCCUGAGAAGGUACAACUGCAGCAACAACAACUUCACCACCUGCAGAAACAGCAGCAUCAGCUGCAGCAGCAGCAGCAACAUUUACAGCAACUACAGCAGCUGCAGCAGCAACAGCGCUCGUGGGCUCAGCAUCAAAUGGCCCAUAUGCAGCAGCCCCCUGAGGGGGCUCAUCCUUGCAAGAACCCCAGGAUGGAGCCUCCGACCGAGUGCAGUUUCCCCUCUAGAAACCUCAGUUACUCCCAUAAGCUACCCAGUGCUGCUCAGUCUUUUCCUCUAAAACACCCUGUAGAGAAGCCACCGCCUUCGUCACCGGUUAACUGCGCAGUGGGUUCUAUCCCCUACAAUAAUGGCCACUACAUGCAGUCACCGUGGGGCAACAAUAGAUCCGGCCCUCAGGAACUCCCAGUGGCUUACCAGGGAGUGCAGGCUGCUGCUUCCACAGACCGCGUUCUGGGGGCAAAGUACAGACCAGGGAAGGAUGGUCCUACUGACCAGUCCAAGGUGAUGCAGAAUGUGGAUUACCUAGGAGGGGACUUCCAGAUGUCCAGCUUUCAAGAGCAAAACGUGGAUAUGAUUGAGACGAUGCACAGAUCAACCAUGGGCCAAGUUCAGGAGCCCAGCAAUGGCAGCGGAGUCCGUAAUCAUCAUCCAGGCUACUGUUAAAAACUCCUGCUAACCCUCACUUGUGUGUUUAAGCUUCUGUGGUUUAUAAUUAAUAUUCGGAUCUUGCAAGUGAUCAAUUACAUGUUAUUGCUUCAUAGCUUAAUUUGAUGAGGUUUCAGGUUGUAAUGUUUCAAAGUAUUCCUCAGGUCUAAAGCCAUGUCAUACCUUUGUUAUACAUGAAGGCUUGUUGACAUCUUUGUCUGCUGUGGGGUAGAAUUGCUCCCUAUCACUGGUGCGGGUGUGCUGCUCUUUAUUCAUGUCUUCUAAAAUAUGAAUUUGAUUUUCUGGGGUUGACAUGGAACAAAGCAACUUUCUUCAGCAUUUGUGGCCUUACAACUGCCCAAAGGCAAGAUUUCAGAUGUGCUUGUGUAGUUUCCCCCAGUUAUUUAUCCUCUUUUUAAAAAUUCACAUGAGUUAAAUGUAUAUGCAAUUAAUGAGACUGUUGAUGGGCGGUUGCUGUUGCAGGUUGUUCCCUUCCAUAGUAACCUUGUUCUAAUUGCCUGCGUGCAGACAUGGCGACCACUGUUGAGCAGCACUAGCAAACAAUAAAAAUCUCCUGUUCUGGGAGACGUAGUGUUUUA